AUGUCAACAAAUGAACAUGAGUUAUUGAAUAUUGAGGUACAAACUUUGGUUCUCAAAGUACAUAUGAACUGUGAAGGGUGUAGGGCUAAAGUCAAGAAAGUACUUAGAAAAGUUGAAGGUGUCUAUGGAGUAGACAUUAAUGCAGAAGAGCAAGAAGUAAUGGUGACAGGUAUUGUGAACCCUUCAACUUUGGUCCAAAAGUUAGCCAAAUUGGGUAAGCAUGCAGAAAUUUGGAAUGAAGAAGAUUACAGCCAAGAACACAUAGAUGAUGAGAAUAAUGUCAAAGACAACAAUGAAGAAUAUAUAAUGAAUGACACGAGUGCCUAUGAAAAUCAGUAUAUGAUUCCAACCUUCUAUGGCCAAGAUAUUAAUCAAUAUUUGGCAGCACCAACACCACCAUUGUUUUUUGAAAGUUUUAACAAUAGGGAAAAUGAAAAUGCUAUCAGAAUCAGUGAUUAUCCAAAAUGGAUGUGGCCUGCAAAUUUUCAAGAGAAUAGUGGAAUUAAUUAUUCUGGUUUAUGGAAUCAAGAAAGGCCACAUAACAUCCUUGGAGUGUCAUCAACUAUUGGUGAAUAUGGUUAUCAUUAUCAACCAUCUCUUAGGCCUAACAUACAUGGAUACUACCAUGGUUAUUAA